AUGCCUUCUCCGGAACGCACUGCGCCCUCUGCCUCGGAGAAUACCGUCCCUCAUGCGGAGCUAGAUGUCACGAAGCUCCAUGCGCUCCCGUCAGAACAGCAGGAUCUCUAUCUCCUUACAUUCACCUCCGAUCUGGUGCAGUAUAUACUAGGACUUGAUGCGACCCAGAUAUCAUCACAGCAAAAAUCCUUAAAAAAGGAGCUCAUCAAAAUCAUCCUUCUCCGUUCGCCGACCAUCACUCGAGUACUCCGCAAUAACUUGGGACGAUGUUUCAGCACUAUACUUGGGCGGGGUGACCGUGGGAUACUUUUUGAUACAACCUCAGACCUCCUGGGGAUCGUGAAUGCGGGAAAGCAUGAAGCAGAGCUCAAGACAAAGCUCGCAGCGGCGCAUUGCUUGGGGGAGGUUUUCGCUGCAGCUGGAGACAGUGUCUUUGCGCAGUCGAGCAUUGUCAUCUCAAGCUUGCUCAAGUUGCUGAAGAACUCUAGCAACUACACUGGUCUUCGCGGCUCAGUUUUUGCGGCUAUUCGGAAGGUAAUAGUCGGCAUCAAGGUUCCUCUUGACGAACAAUCAGCGCGCGACGUUUGGAAGCAGACCCGGAAUGCAGCGACUAAUGAUAAGUCGAUAUUCGUCCAAGUGCAAGCAUGCCGGUGCAUCGAACACUUGAUCAAUACAACUCCAUACUUCGACAAUUCAAACGAUUACGAGAAUCUGAAGACCCUCGUCUGGAAACUCGUUGAUAGUCCUUCUGCCCCCGUUCGACAUGCUGCUGCGGCUUGCCUGGCUCGGGUAUUGGUCAAACUUCAUGCUACAGACAUACGAGUCGACACCCCGAAACCCAAGAAAACGAAGAAGACGUCAAAGAAAACGGCGUCUCGAGCAGGGGCCGAAGAUGAGGCAGAGCUAUCGGAGGCUUCAUCCCAGAAGAAAGCAGAGCCACGUCUGUUCUUCCUUCUCCCUGACCUCCUCAGACAGCUUUCUGCGCAGUAUCUGCGAAGCACUACCUCUAAUCGCUCGCGGGCGGGUAUUGCUGUUUGCUAUAAGCAUAUAAUGCGAAAUCUUGGGGACAAACUCAUCGAAGAACGUUACGGUCAGAUCGCAAAUCAUCUCUUAUUCGAUCUUCUGAACUACCCGACUGUAACAUAUAAUCGCUUUCGACUUCUCAUGACGAGAAAGUUUAUAAAGAGUAUUAUGGAAGAUACAAUCGGCCGCGAAUUGCUCCACGAGAACAGUCAGCUCAACGCUGCCAAGUGGUUGAUUAAUAACGUUCUCAAAGAUUACCCUAAAGUCCUUCAGGAGCGUCGUGAACCCAGCAAAUAUACCUUGACGAGCGCACUUAGUGCCUUGUCUUCUCUAAUCCUCUCUCUUGGUUCGUCUUUUGGCGCCCUAGCUGAGAGCUGCCGCGAAGCUUUGCUUCAAGUUUUAACUCAUACCAGUUAUGCUGUUCGGAUACAUGUGGCGCAGUGCAUGCGUAACUUCGUUCUCGCUUGUCCCCAUCAACUACUAUCUUGCGUGACCAUUUGUAUGAACAGUUUAAACAGGGAAAUUAGCCAGCUCUCCACGCCACGACAUUCAGCUCGACGUUGCGUCGGCUACGCAAAUGGGCUGUCGGCAAUGUUGAGCACUUCUCGCUUGCAACCGCUCUACGGCUCCGUCGAUGUCUUCUCACGCGUGUUCUCACAGGCAACUGAUCUCUUGAAGACGAGCGGUAGCUCCGAGCUGCGUGCUGCCAGCACCCAGGUGCAGGUUGCUUGGAUCCUGAUAGGAGGAUUGAUGCCUCUUGGCCCCAGUUUUGUCAAGAUUCAUCUGUCUCAACUAAUGCUGCUGUGGAAGAAUGCUCUCUCCAAGCAUCUAGGUAAAGAGAGUCUAGCUCAACGCGGAAACUUAGAAGUAAGCUUCCUUGCACAUGUCCGAGAAUGCGCAUUGAGUUCUCUUCUUGUGUUCUUGGAAUACAACAAGAAAUUGAUAACAGCAGACGGGGCAAGGCGAAUUGCAGCGAUGCUGCAGAAUACUAUCGCUUUCCUCGAUGAUGUUCCACGGCAGAAGUCUGUUGAUGAUAUUUCACAACGGCUUGUCCCAUCGUUGCAGCUUAGCGAUUACGUUACUAUGGUCCGACGACGCGUUUUGCAGUGCUUUUCGAAACUAGUGCACGUCCAUCAUCCCAGCCAUGGAGAUGUCAUCUCCCAGUCUAGCCUGCUUGGCCUUGCAAUUUCGUCAUUUGCGGAUCCGGAUAUCACUCAGCCGAGCGCUUUGGAAAGCUCGAUUGCAACUUCCACCGGACAAUUUGAAACCCUGUGGGACUUGUGCGAUAACUUUGGUUUCGGAGUGACAGGCCUUGUUCGAGAAUAUAUAGGCGAGACUUUGUCUGGAAAAUAUGAUCAUGAUAGUCGCGCGUCUUGGUCGGCGGUGGACGUGGCCGGUGAAGGCAUUGACGAUGCUUUGACCUUCCCUAUUUGCCAAGCUAUUGAAAACGACUCUGUCCUUCUGUAUUAUGCUAGGGAAGGAGACGCAAUGGCCGCUGACCCGCCAACUACUGGCGUUGUCAAUGCCGCUAUAGAAUUGUUUUCUGUUGCUAUUCCACUACAUGCUCCGAAGGUUCAAGAGAGUACUGUGGAGCAGAUUGCAACGUUCCUCUCCUCCCAGAGUCUUCAACGGAAUCCCGGACGGAAAGCUGCAAUGACUGUCAACAUUGCUGUGGCGCUUCUCCACGCUCUAAGAGUGGCAGUCAAAGAAACAGAGUUUGCUGCAGGAAGCCUGAGCAACUCUACUGACAAAAUCCUUCAGGAGCUUUUGCAGAAAUUUAUUAUCGACGCUGACCCGAUCGUCCGUACGAUCGGCGUGGAAGCAUUUGGUCGCCUUUGUGAUAACUCCGGCAACGCCUUUACGAAUACGCAAAUCAACUGGCUUGUAGACACGAUUGUUAACAAUCGGGAGCCGAACGCCCGUGCUGGUUGUGCGACAGCUUUGGGGUGUAUUCACUCUCAGGUUGGUGGUAUGGCAGCCGGUCUGCACCUCAAGACGAUUGUAGGAGUGUUAAUGUCGCUAUGCAACGAUCCUCAUCCUGUUGUACACUUUUGGGCCCUUGGCGGCCUUGAAAAGGUUGCCAAUUCUGCAGGACUGACGUUCUCACCUUUCGUCUCAAGCUCGCUAGGGAUGCUCGCCCAACUCUAUAAUGCCGAUACCCAUAAUGAAGAAUCCCCCUCGUUGGCUACCUCCAACAUUGAGAUGUCCUUCCUCACACCAGUUGUGAUAAGCCGCUGCAUUGAUUCCCUCAUCAAUGUUCUAGGCCCCGACUUGCAGGACAUCACCAAAACACGCAAUCUUAUUUUGACUCUAAUCCGGCAAUUCCAGCUGGAGGACAACCUUGCCCUGGUGACCGAAAGUUCCAAAUGCCUUGACCACUUGUCUCUUUAUGCUCCCAAUUACGUGGACUUCCCUGGUCAUGUUAAACGUCUGCAGAAAGAACUCUCUGCUGACAGUCAAUUGGUACGAGAUGUUGCAAUUCGCGGAUUGAACAACAUUAUGAAACGAGAUGCUUCAACCGUUAUCCGGACUGCAGCUCCCAGUAUCGAGGAUGAAAUAUGGCUGGCCUUUGACGAUACGCCGGACAAUUUGUCUCUUAAAAGCAUGAUCGAAGACUGGUUGCAACAAACAGCGCUGACGGAAGCGGAAUUAUGGGUACAGCGCUGUCAAAGCAUCCUGACCAAGACACGUACGAAAACGGAGGACAUUGUGACGACUACUGUCAAGACUGCAGCACCUGAGCUGCCAGAUGAUGAGGUUGCUGGAUUUGCAUCCGCUGUUGCUGGAGAAGGCCAGGCGGAUUCCGGGGACGAGACGGCUUCCAGCCAAGAGUUUCUGAAAUGGCAAAGUCGCAACUUUGCGAUGAACUGUUUGAGCCAGCUACUAGCGAUAGUGCAAGAAGCAAUACUGCCGGACCAAACGAUCCCUGCCGAAUUAGCUCUUCAACAAAAGGUUGGAGACAUUGUUAGGAUGGCAUUCUCCGCAUCUACUGCCAACGUCAUCGAGCUGCGUGUGUCUGGCUUAAAGAUCCUUGAUCAGAUUCUCAAGAUGUUUGGGAAGACCCCAGAUCCGGACUUCUCAGAAGCUUCUCUCCUUGAGCAAUAUCAAGCGCAGAUUGGAUCAGCUCUGACCCCGGCAUUUGCGGCAGAUUCGUCACCGGAACUUGCAACAGAGGCAAUCAAUGUGUCUGCCACCUUCAUUGCAGCGGGUAUAGUUACGAAUGUAGAUCGAAUGGGGAGGAUACUCAAGCUACUGGUUCUUGGUCUCGAGAAUUUUGCCAAAAACCCAGAGACGACUGAAAUCGGAGACUUGAAAGGACUCAACUCCAAUGCCAGGGUUAUGGUCAAAAUGGCUCUAUUUUCGGCGUGGGCCCGCCUGCAGGUCGCCAGCGCAGAACAGGAAUACCUAACAAAUGUAGUUCAACCGUAUCUUGCAAAACUUACUCCACUGUGGCUCUCCUCCCUGCAGGAGUUUGCGCGUCUGCGGUUCGAGCCAGACAUUUCGGGCAGUCUGGGAACAAGCUCGCAGAGUUCUAACCUGGAUGAAGUUUACGCGGCGCUGAAUCGGGAAACUCUUUUGAAGUUCUACCAAGAUUCAUGGUUAAACCUCGUCGAUGCCAUUUCCGGGCUGGUGGAAAAAGAUAUCGAGUUCGUCUUCGAUGCACUUGACGGCAAGUUGAACCAGACAGAGAUGCAAGAGAAGAAUGGGGAUGGUGUCGACGGAGAGGUGGAAGGAAAAGGAGCUGACAUCAACUAUCGCGAUGAACCUGUCGCGUUCUUCUUCAUCCUUUUUGGAUUGUCCUUCGAAGCCCUUGUUGACCAAUCCACGCAGUCACACCAGAAACUGGAAAUUCUUCAAGCUCUCAAGAGGAUACUGCGGCCAGGGAUAGCCGGGAAUGCGAUAUAUCAGGAUGUCAUUUUCUCAGAGACUAUGGACAGUCUGGAUCGGCUUGUCCUGACCGAGGGCAUUCCUAUACAGACAGUUAUUGUUGGGAUCGCAAGGAACCUCUCGCUGGAUCAUCCCUCGGCAAAGGGCGACCAAGAACGUGGCGACCAUCUGUCUGACGAUAUCGAGCAGCUUUUCGAAUUAACAAGAAGCAUCAUUCUCGUUCUCGCGGGUUUAUUGCCUAAUUUGCGCGACUCUAUGCCCCAUGCACGAUUCAACGUAUCGUCCGAUGACUCCUUAUCACUUAUUCGCCUAGCACUUUCGUCACUUGUUGAUGUCUCCUCGAUCUUCCCGUCUAUCAUCCGCAACGAUCUUCAUGCGUGCAUACUACACAUCUUCAACACCAUCCUUGCCACCGGAGUUUGUCAAGCCGAAGUGGUCCCUCGUGCCCUCCCCAUAUUUAGGCAAUUCGUCAAUGGCAUAGCUCACCCCGAGGGCACCACGCCGGAAACAUUGGAGAAUCUCCACAUUGUUUCUCACCAGCUACGCGGUUGUCUCAGUCGCUUUCUUACAACACUCACUAUCGCACAGCGACGAGAAUCUAGCACAUCUCUUCCCUGCGCUAAGAAUACACUGCUAGCAAUUACAAUCCUAUUGACCACAGGAAGUCACCUUAUCCCACCGCAGGACCCCGUAAUCCCUCGGAUCCUCGACGAAUUCCUCGACUGUUUCCAGGACGUCGGCCUUGCUAACGUUGCGACGGGGUGUCUCCGUUCAAUCCUCCUAGCACCCAACCAACGUUCUCCCACGGGCCAGGUAAUCGCCGGAUACCUAUUCCCCAGACUCGUUGGGUUCCUCGUCGGUUGCGCCGACGUAAGUGGACAAACACCAAGCGACCCCGAAAACUCGCGUGCUGGAAUCACCCGCACUCUGGUGUCCUACGUCAACACCAAUGCGACAUCUUCGGCUAUGUCCACCGUCAUGUCGGCACUUAUCACACGCGCGAAACGCGAGGGACCACCGAUUUACCAGGAGACGGCUAGCAAUCUGCUCGAACUGGCGAAAGCAGAUCAAAUGGUAUUUCGGGCUUUAGUGGCCAGUGCAAACCCGGCGCAGAAAGCGCUGCUUGAGGAGAUCUUCCGGAGCGUGGAUGUUACUGCGAUGGCUAGGGCGGGUAAAGGGCAAGAGAAUAUGGAGGAUGCAGGACAAAGGAGUGCGCCGAGUAUUGCGUUGCGGAUGGAUUUCUAGGGAAUGGCAUCUUUGAUGAUAUUUUGAUUGAGAUACACUUGUGUAUAGCAACCUUAUUGCUAUGAUCUGUCUAUAUCUAUCCAUUAAUCUGUAAGUUGAUGAACAAAUGAAAUGAACAAAUGGCUGUAUCUAUUGCCAUGUUUCUAUGGAGAAUAUAGUGGGUGUGUAUGUAUAGCAAGGCCAGAGCCUGGAUGAUGACAAUGACAAAGGAAAUUAAAGUGGGUAUAAGUAUAUAUAAAUCUUUCCCUUCUAUACAUGAAAAAAAGGAGAAAAAGAAUGGCCAAGCUCAACCCAACGACUCACUCAAAUCAGACAGCGACAUUUCAUUAACGGUUUUCGUUGCUCGUGCUUCGGCAGAUUCCUUUGCGAGUGCUUCUUCUUUCGCCUUCUGGGCUGCAACCUGUGACCUGCGGAUGGAGUAAUAUUUGAGGAAGAGGAUGAUCAUGA